AUGCGUCACAGCUGCAAUUGGAUCUUCUUCCGCGUCACUGCUGUUGCUCUCAGCGCGUAUCCGAAGGACGUGUUGCGCCAGCAGUUGCACUACUGUGUUGGUUUGUCAUCCAUCCAUCUAGGCGGCGGCGAGAACAACAGCACAACGAGCUGCUGCCUAGGCAGGUCAGUUCUCAACCAACCAUCCCUCUCUAGUGCCCCACGCUUAGCAGUGCGAGGUGCUGAAUCAUUGGCUGAGUCAUUUGCAUGGCACAUCAUAACCUGUUCACAUCCCCCUCCCUGCUUUUCCCCAUCCCCUUCCCUGCUUCCACCCAUCCCCUUCCCUGCUUCCCCAUGUCCCCUUCCAUGCUUCCCCCCUCCUCUACCGUGCUUCCCCCCUUCCCCUUACCUGCUUCCCCCCAUUCCCUUCCCUGCUUCCCCCCUCCCCUCCCCUGCUUUCCCCCAGUCCCCUUCCAUGCUUCCCCUUGUCCCCUUCCCUGCUUUCCCAUGUCCCGUUCUUUGCUUCCCCCCAUCCCCUUCCCUGCUUUCCCCCAUCCCCUUCACUGCUGCUUCCCCCCGUCCCCUUCCCUGCUUAGAGCCAAACCCUUCCCUGCUCCCCCCCCUCCCUUCCCUGCUUUCCCCAAUCCCCUUCCCUGCUUCCCCUUGUCCCCUUUCCUGCUUUCCCAUGUCCAGUUCUCUGCUUCCCCCCAUCCCCUUCCCUGAUUUCCCCCAUCCCCUUCCCUGCUUCCCCAUGUCCCCUUCCCUGCUUCCCCCCAUCCCCUUCCCUGCUUCCCCCCAUCCUCUUUUCUGGGACCCCGCCUCCCCUUCCCUGCUUUCCCCCAUCCCCUUCCCUGGUUUCCCAUGUCCCGUUACCUGCUUCCCCAUGUCCCCUUCCCUGCUUCCCCCCCCCUUCCGUGCAUCCCCCCUUCCCCUUACCUGCUUCCCCCCAUCCCCCUCCCUGCUUCCCCCCCUCCCCUCCCUUCCCUGCUUCCCCCCAUCCCCUUCCCUGCUUCCCCAUGCCCCCUUCCCUGCUUUCCCCCAUCCCCUACCCUGCUUCCCCCCCUCCCCUUCCGUGCUUCCCCCCUUCCCCUUCAUUGCUUCCACCCAUCCCCCUCCCUGCUUUUCCCCAUCCACUUCCCUGCUUCCACCAAUCCCCUUCCCUGCUUUCCCCCAUCCCCUUAGCCUGCUUCCCCCCCUCCCCUUCCCUGCUUUUCCCCAUCCCCUUCCCUGCUUCCCCAUGUCCCCUUCCCUGCUUCCCCCCAUCCCCUUCCCUGCUUCCCCCCAUCCCAUACCAUGCUCCCCCCCAUCCCCUUCCCUGCGUCGCCCCACCCCUUCCCUGCUUCCCCAUGUCCCCUUCCCUGCUUUCCCCCCCUCCCUUUCCCUGCUUCCCCCCUUUCCCUUCCCUGCUUCCCCUCAUCCCCUUCCCUGCUUCCCCAUGUCCCCUUCCCUGCUUCCCCAUGUCCCCUUCCCUGCUUCCCCAUGUCCCCUUCCCUGCUUCCCCCCAUCCCCUUCCCUGCUUCCCCCCAUCCCCUUCCCUGCUUCCCCCCAUCUCCUGCCCUGCUUCCCCAUGUCCCCUUCACGGCUUCCCUCCAACCCCAUCCCUGCUUCCCUUCCCUGCUUCCCCAUGUCCCCUUCCCUGCUCCCCCCCAUGUCCCGUUCCCUGCUUCAGUCGUUGCCAGGAGUUUGA